GGCGACGAAGCAUACCACGAAGAUCGGAAAAACCAAAUCAGAUUCUGAAAUAUUGAUAAAAAGAGAGAAAUCGACGGUGGUGGUUGAUUCGCCGGAGUUCAAUUUCGUAGCUCGAUUUCUCCUCCUUUUCCCCGACGAGCUGUGCGAGAGGGAGGGGAAUCAUGCAGAAACGGAGAACGGUGAAGGAAUCUCCGAAGAUAACGGUGAGAAAUGGUAAAGGUUUGGAUUCCGGCGAAAAGAAGAGAUCUGAGAAGAGAUUGAUGAAGUUUGAGGAGUUACCUAGGUAUUUGAAAGAUAACGAGUUCAUACACAAUCAUUAUCGAUGUGAGUGGUCAAUCAAAGAAACUUUCCUCAGCGCUUUCUCAUGGCACAAUGAGACUCUCAACAUCUGGACGCAUUUGUGUGGGUUUGUGAUAUUUGCUUGGAUGAUGGUUGUGAGUUCCAUGGAGACGACAGAGCUUGGCCUCGCCGGCUUCGUUAGCCUUCUCUCCGGAGCAACAAUUCGCUGGCCAUGGCCGUCAAUGGCAAUCGCAAAAGAUGUUUACUUCUCCAGCGAUCAAACUCUGCAUCACGAUUUGAAUGUGACACACACUCGCUCACUCCUGAAUUCUCAAGGAGAUGUUAACUACGAAGCCGUUCCUAAAUGGCCAUGGCUCGUGUUCUUAUCCGGAGCAAUGGGAUGUUUGAUCUGCAGUUCCAUGUCUCACCUCUUCGCCUGCCACUCCAGACGAUUCAACCUCUUUUUCUGGCGUCUAGACUAUGCCGGAAUCUCCCUCAUGAUUGUCUGUUCAUUCUUCGCACCUAUCUACUAUGCAUUCUCAUGCCACACUUACUGGCGACUCUUCUACCUCUCCUCGAUCUCAAUCCUCGGUGUCCUCGCCAUCUUCACUCUCCUCUCUCCAUCACUUUCAGCUCCACGUUUCAGAUCUUUCAGAGCAGCUCUUUUCCUAACAAUGGGAUUCUCUGGCGUAAUACCGGCCUCACAUGUGCUUUACCUUCAUAAAGAUCACCCAAACGUGCUUAUCGCUCUCGUAUAUGAACUUGCGAUGGCUGUGUUGUAUGCAACAGGAGCAGCGUUUUAUGUUACCCGCAUACCUGAAAGAUGGAAGCCUGGGGCUUUCGAUAUUGCAGGACAUAGCCAUCAGAUAUUCCAUGUGUUUGUAGUCUUAGGAGCUCUUGCUCAUAGUGUUGCCAGUCUUCUUAUCAUGGAUUUUCGACGGGCUUCUCCUUCUUGUGCCUUUUAACUCGAAAAAACAUUGUAAAACAUU